AUGGAGGUUCCAACCAAGACUUCACUGGCGGAGGUCUACCCGCAAGAGGCUCUAGAUAAACAGACGAAACGAUGGCAGACUCUUCUCAGUACUUUCCAAGACCGGUACGGCAAGCGACCUGAUUUCGUAUCUCGAAGUCCAGGUAGAGUCAACAUCAUCGGCGAGCACAUCGACUACUCCUUAUACGAGGUCAUGCCCAUGGCAGUAACAGCGGAUGUUCUCCUAGCAGUCUCCGUUCACGAAAAGGAAGAAGGACCAAGCACCAUCCGACUGACCAACAUCCACUCCCAGAAGUUUGAGAGCAGAGAGUUCGACAUCCCCAAUACUGGUGAUGUCCAUAUCGACUCGUCGACCCUGGAAUGGACCAACUACUUCAAGUCUGGACUGGUAGGCGCCACCGAGCUACUACGGGAGAAGUCCAAUGGCUUCAAGCAGAGUGUUGGCAUGGAUAUCCUCGCCGAUGGUACCGUACCUUCUGGUGGCGGUCUUUCGAGCAGUGCUGCGUUCGUGUGCGCCAGUGCCUUGGCUGUCAUGAAGGCAAACGGGGUUGAGAAGGUCGACAAGAAGGAAUUGGUUGAGAUUGCCAUUGUGUCCGAGCGAGCUGUCGGGGUCAACUCAGGCGGUAUGGACCAAUCUGCCUCCGUCUUCCCGCUGGAAGGAUCAGCAUUAUACGUCUCGUUCGUACCGGAGCUUUCCGCGAAGAACAUCGCUUUCCCAGAGAUGAAGUCGCCUUUGACGUUCGUCAUUGCACAGUCCUUCGUGGCAGCGGACAAGCACGUCACGGCGCCGGUAUGCUACAACCUCAGAGUCGUCGAAGUCACGCUCGCAGCUCUAGUCCUGGGCAACGUCUUCGGGCUCAGCAGCAUACCAUCCGACGCUGGCCCACUAGGAGUGAGCCUACGAGGCUUCCAUGACACAUACAUGCAAGAAAAAGGCGGCAUCAAAGACAACCAUGCCGUCUCCAAAGCCGACUUCCAAGACCAGCUUCAGGAUCUCAUCCAGAAAAUCGACAACUACCUCCCGCAGGAAGAAGGCUACACUCGACAACAAAUCUCCGAAAUUUUAGGCGUGAAGAUCGAAGACAUCGAGCAGAAGUACAUGAAGAAAUUCCCAAUCCGAGCGGAGCGGUUCAUGUUGCGGCAGCGGGCUAUGCAUGUCUUUGGCGAGGCGAUCAGAGUGCUGAAGUUUAACGAGCUGUUGUCGGCCCCUGCACCGCAGACGGAUGAGGAGAAUGAGAAAUUGUUGCAGGCGCUGGGGGAGCUGUUGAACGAUACGCAGGAUUCGUGUCGGGAUAUUUAUGAGAACUCCUGUCCGGAGUUGGAUGAGCUGUGUCAGUUGGCGCGGAAAGCUGGAUCGUAUGGGAGUAGGCUGACUGGGGCUGGAUGGGGCGGCUGCUCAGUACACCUGGUACCCGAGUCGAAGGUCGACAAGGUCAAGCAGUCGUGGAUCAACAACUACUACCGGAAGCACUUCCCGGACAUCACAGAAGAGAAGCUAGACGAGGCUAUAGUGGUCAGUAAGCCUGGCAGUGGAAGCGCUGUUGUGCAGAUACCAGGCUGGCAGUUUUCGUAG